AUGGAGUUGAAGAGAGAGAACCAUGCUUUUUCUGAAAAAUCCCAACAAAAUUUCGAAGCCAGUAAUGACAUAGCAGCUUCACACGGAACUAAGGUCCAAACUCCGGCGGAGGUGCAGGGCGCCGUCCCUUCCGCCACAUCGCAGUCAAAUAACACUCCAUCCCACACUAAUCGACUUGACCCAGUAAAAAAUAUAAAAAAUAACUCCAUAUCGCAAAUUGUUUCCCGCAACUCACUCUCCAAAAAAAUUAAUAACGGCAGCGCAGCUGGCGUCGUAGAGGAGACUAGUAGGGGUACCAUGUGCGAAAAAAAGGUCUGGAUACCUCCACAAAAAAGAAACCCAAGCAUUUCUAGGGAGGAAGCCAUCACUAGACAAGUCAAUUCCAUGCUUAACAAACUCACCAUCGAAAAAUUCGAGACCAUAGCUGAUAAAAUUGCAGUACUCGUGGAAAAAACAACUUCGGUUGGCGAACUAAAUCUUAUCGCCAAUUUGGUGUUGGACAAAGCGGUUAUAGAACCUGAUUGGAGCGAAAUGUAUGCUGAUCUCUGUCAAAUUCUGAAGUGGCGCGCGCCACAUUUUGAAGCCCAGGGAAAGUUCUCCUUUUCCACUUGCCUGCUAAGUAAAAUACAACACGAGUACGAAUGUAUGCCUAGAGAACUAAGCCCAUAUACUGCUGAUGACGCAGGGUCACACAAGCUAAAGAAGAGGUUGCUGGGCAUUGUCAAGAUAAUUGGGGAGCUAUUUUUGCGCAAGAUGUUUGGCUUCAAAGUAAUAAAUUCUCUCGUCAUAGACCUAGUUAUAUCCAGAGAAGAACCUUUCGAGCACUUUAUUGAGUGCUUUCUACAGCUAAUAUACACAACUGGCUACUACAUCGAGCAAUCUACGUACAAUCCUGCACUGGACAUGUGGUUUGGCAGGCUGACCGAAUUAAUGGGCAGAAAAGUCUACUCCAAAAGAAUAAAGUACGUUAUGCAGGAUGUUUUGGAUUUGAGGAAGAGCAACUGGAAGAAAAAUUUGCACAGGGAAACUGCCAAGGCGUUGAGCGAGUUGCGUUACCAGGUGGAGGCGGAAGAUAUUGUAGGAGGCCAUCACUUGGCCGCUCAGUAUGGUAACAUAGUUACUGUGGGCCAAAGAGUCAACAUAAGUUCGAAUCUUGCAUACGGAAACUACAUGCGAGCGCAGGAGAUGCUGGCAAAUGAGAGGGCCAAAGAAAGAUCGGUCAUUAAACCCGAGCUUGAGAAGUUGGAUUCAUUCACCUUUCCACAAAUUGAUUUCAAAUACAGCUUUGUGGAUGCAGCUCCGACGGAUGCCAUUUCGGAGGAGGCGUCUCCGAAAAUUUCUAAAAUGACGCAUCCUGUGAACAGGGAGGUCAAUUAUGAUGAUAUUUUUUUGGCUGCCAGUGGCACCAGGGCUCCUGGCAGCACAAACAAGAAGGGCAAAGCACCCAUGCACGAUCAUGUCAGCAACAAUGAUGGGCUUAAGGGCGCCAAUUCUAGGCACAAUGGCAAAAAAUUGCAAAGUGAGUUGUCCAGGCGAUGCUCCGCUAAGCGCUACAACAAGCCUGCAGAGCAGGCCGCUAGUUUUACAACUUUCAAACCCGCGGCAUCGAAUACAGUUCCUGCCACUGGACCGAAGAAAGAAACCCAUCGUGUUGAGAUUAACAAAUCAGCCUCUGAUGCAUUUUUGCCCAAUACCAAACAGUCUGACUAUCACAGGCAAGUGAGUGCGACGGAAGAACGCGCCACGCAGCAUUUACUGGACGAUCGGCCAAGGAGGAAGCCGGGUAAUAUCAAGCAGAACCUGAAGGUCUUCACUGAAGUAGCCCAGCAGGGCCAACGGACCAAACCCACAAAGCACAACCACGACCAUGGACGCAAUGCGCAGCAUAACGAUAACAAAAAUAGCAUGGGCAGUAUGGGUGGCGGUGUUAAUAAUGGCGCCCGUGGAGGGCAGAAUGGCAAGAUAGGAAGUACCAAAAAGCACCCGAGCGUCAAUGCCGCUUCCGGGGUUGGGGUCCACGGGAAGAGGAGGUCUGGCAGCUUCAAGGGCUUGGACCAUGAGCUGAGGCUGCCCCAAAUUGAGGAUUUAACAAUUUCAAAAUGA